AUGGUUUUGUUGGUUGAUCUUGACAUUGCGUCUCAGGUGGAUUCGGGCAAGGUACGCGUGGACUCAACCUCUCGUCGGAAGAGGAUAAUCUUCAUCAGGCAUGGAGAGUCUGAAUGGAACGAGGUUUUUAACCGGGGAUUUGGGCCUUCGUUUUUGGUGCGGCUGGUGAGCGCUUUCGUGAGGGAGGUGAUGAUGCUGUCCACCCGCGACAGCGUAUUCUUCGAUUCCCCUCUAAGCAACACCGGCAUCCAGCAGGUUGCGGAUGCGGUGGCGACGCUUCGGGGAGGCUCGACGCAAUCGUCAGUAGUCGUGACUUCCAACCUUCGGCGUGCCAUCGCCACCGGGCUGAUCACGCUCUGGGAGCGUUUGAGAGGCGGAGAGGAGCGCUACUUCGUCCACAGCGCCUUGCAGGCAAGACGCCACCGGAGAGGGAGCUCCGUAGAUGGGGGGGGGGGAGGUGGGAUGCCACCUCUCCCUAUCCUUAGCGCUGGAUAUGUUUUGUGUCGACAUGACGCCAUAUACGUUCGCGCGGUAUUUCAGGAGAUGACGUUCAACAUCGACGGGAUCUCGCUGUUGGAGCGAGGGGAAAAGCCGGAUGAAGGUCUCGCCAAGGAGUUAGGCGGAAACGUUGUCUUCGACGCGGAGUUCAACGUGGGCACGAAGGCGUUGGGCAACACGGGGAUGAAGCGCAUGAAGGCGCUCGCGGAGUGGGCAUCGCAGAGGCCGGAAGACACGGUGGUGUGCGUGGGGCACUCCCUCUACUUCCGCUCGUUUUUCCGGUGCUUUUUGCCGCAAAGCGCGGUCCACGAUGCCAAGAAAAAGAAGAUGGUCAACUGCGGGGUCGUAGCCUUCACACUCGAGAGGUGCGCGUGA